AUGAAUUAAAAUAAAUUCUCGUCUCGUUAAUGGCAAAUGUAAUAUGCAAAACAUAAACAGAAGAUCAAUAAUAUUCAACAUAGAGAUUAUAAGUUUCUGAAUGAAUUUGAAAUCUAACUCUAAAGAUGUACUUACUUACAUCUUAAAAAUAGAACUGGAUGCCAAUAGAAAGGUUAAAAAUAGUUAAUAUUUCAAAUAAAAGUAAACACUAUCUCGCAUUGUUGCCUCUAAUCUUAUUCUCUCUAAAAAAUUGUAUCAAAUAGAACACAGAAAAUAAGAGAAGUUUAUGUAAAUAUAUUACAAUAUCUAUUGUGAAGCUCCUAUUCGUUGGUCAACUAAAUCACUUAGAGAAGAAACUUAUAAUAAAAUCAAAGUUGAAAAUCAAAAAUAACUCAACAGAAUCACUCAUGUCAAAGGAACACUACAAACUUAAUGA